UUGGGUCAAGUUUUGUUUUCUUCUCACAUUAACUUAUCAAUUACUCUCUUUUUUCACCAAAAAUUACCAGUUACACUUAAAUUAUUUUUUUGGUCUGAUACCAGUUACACUUGAUAGCACACACUCAAAAAGAAAAAAAGAAAAAAAAUAAUUACCGGUUACCACGAAGAGAACAAAAACGCACACACAACGCAACGCAGGCAUACAGUCGUUCACUUUCCUCCUCCUUCAAGAAAAGCACAAAGAAAAGCCCAAGGCAGACUACCAGUUACCGAUCCGCCAUGGAAGGCCAAGAAGGACCUCAGCAACCGCACCUCGUGCUGGCUCACAAGCUCUUCCUUCUCUCCCACCCUGAUGUCCAAGACAUCGAGAAGGUCCAACUCAGAGAGGAGGUUUUCGCUUCCGUCAAAGCUGACGAUAUGGCACCGUUGUACGAAACUCUGGUCUCUGAAUCGGUGCUGCCGUUGGACCAGAGCGUUUUGGACUCGAUGCGCGCGAAGAUCCAGGACGAGCUCAAGAAGCUCGACGAAAAGAUUGCUGAUGCCGAAGAGAACUUGGGCGAAAGUGAGGUUCGAGAAGCCCAUCUGGCUAAGUCCUUGUUUUUCAUUCGUAUUGGUGACAAGGAGAAAGCACUGGAACAACUCAAGGUAACAGAAAGCAAAACAGUUGCAGUUGGGCAAAAGAUGGACUUGGUAUUCUAUACACUGCAACUUGGUUUCUUUUAUAUGGAUUUUGACCUCAUUUCGAAGAGCAUUGACAAAGCGAAGAACUUAUUUGAAGAGGGAGGUGAUUGGGAAAGGAAGAAUCGUCUGAAGGUCUAUGAAGGCUUGUACUGCAUGUCUACUCGAAAUUUUAAGAAGGCUGCUGAUUUGUUCUUGGAUUCCAUUUCUACCUUCACCACUUAUGAAAUAUUUCCGUAUGAUAUCUUCAUAUUUUAUACUGUCCUUACGAGCAUUAUAUCGUUGGACAGAGUUUCUUUGAAACAAAAGGUGGUGGAUGCUCCUGAGAUAUUAACAGUGAUUGGGAAAAUCCCGUACCUUACAGAAUUUUUGAACUCUCUAUAUGAAUGCCAAUACAAAUCUUUUUUCGCAGCAUUUGCUGGCCUGACAGAGCAGAUAAAGUUGGACCGUUAUUUGCAUCCACACUUCCGAUAUUACAUGAGGGAGAUCAGAACUGUGGUUUAUUCCCAGUUCUUGGAAUCCUACAAGAGUGUUACUAUUGAAGCAAUGGCGAAAGCAUUUGGCGUGACGGUUGAUUUCAUUGAUUUGGAGCUGUCUCGUUUCAUUGCGGCAGGGAAGCUUCAUUGCAAGAUUGACAAGGUUGCUGGUGUUCUAGAAACUAACCGUCCUGAUGCUAAGAAUUCUCUCUACCAAGCAACAAUCAAGCAAGGGGAUUUCUUGUUAAACCGGAUCCAGAAGCUGUCUCGUGUUAUUGAUCUGUAGGGUAGGGCUUUCCUGCAUUUUGAAAGUGAUCCCAAAAAACUUCAGAUCAUAGCAACUGGUGCCUUUUCACUUUUCAUUUGACGAACUAAGUUGGUUUUCUCUUUUUCUCCAAAUUUAUUAAAAACUCAAGUACUUAUCUUCGGGUUCCAUUUUUCUUUUCGAACUGCUAUUCAUGGUGAUUGUUUGAGUGUACGGAUUUUCAAGUCUAAA